AGUAGUAUCUGUAGCUCCCAUAGUCGAAGCACAUCACAUGGCUUCGUGGUGCUAAACGGACUCCAUAUAAAAAUAGAGAAAGACAAGUUUCGUGCAUGUUGUGAUCAGUGACUUAUCUUUUUUUUAUUUUUUUUUCUUUACCGACUAUACCUUUCUCAGAGAAAAAUCGCGAAGUGUCAUUGCAUUCCAAGUGGUGCAGUACAGGAUUUCAGAUAAGAGAAAAUAAAGCACGUAUAAACGGCAUUAUUGCUUCUUGUGGCACUGUCGCGGCACGCUGCAGCUUGGAAUGGGGAAAGCAGUACCGAGAUCUGGACUCUGUGACGAGAUGAGAAAUCAUUUUGACGAGGACACCAGCCCGGACAACAAUACGGAGGAGGACAACAUUGUUGUUGAUCAAAUGAACACGCCGCGCAAUUCGCACGCCGACAUUGGUGAUCCACAACCGUCGACCUCGCGUCUCAAUCAACAUCAGCAUCAGCAACCGCCUCAACAACAGUCUCAGCAGCAACAGCAGCAGACGCCAAUCCCCCCCAUAGAUCCUAACGUCAGGAGAUACAGGACUGCCUUUACGAGAGAACAACUAAAUCGACUGGAAAGAGAAUUUACCAGAGAGAAUUACGUGAGCCGGCCAAGAAGAUGCGAGUUGGCAACGCAGCUUAAUUUGCCAGAAUCUACGAUUAAGGUAUGGUUUCAAAACCGAAGGAUGAAGGAUAAGAGGCAGCGGAUGUCCCUGUCGUGGCCCUUCCACGUCGCGUAUUCGGAUCCAGCGCUAGCGGCGACGCUGCUCGCGGCUGCUUCGGCUGGCACGCUUCCGCACAUGAGCUACCCGCCGAUCCCUACGUCGAGUCUACCGGCGACGGCACACUUGGCCCCCUCGGCGACGACGUACUCGAGCGCGGCCGCGAGCGCGGUUGCUUAUUACGGCCGUUAUGGUUAUCCAAUGAAUUCGGUCACCGCGCUCCACCGGCCACACGUACGUCCCAUUAACGCGCCGUAUCCGCCACCCCCGCAUCUGCUGCACUCGCACGGGUCAGUGCCGUCACUGCACAUCCUGGGUAUGCCGAACAUCGCCGCCCCCGCCUUUCCUCCCGUAAGCAAUCCUCCGCCAUCCUCCAGUACCAUUACGUACCGGCCGACGUUACUCGAGGAACUUAGCCCGGUCAACUCCGACACCUCCAGCGAGUGCGAUUGCGGCGCGGUCCCCGGCAAUCAGAUGACGCGUUUACAGUCACCGUCGCAUCACUCGACCCAGCAGCUGCCGCAUCCGCAUUCUCAUCAUUCGCAUCACGCGCAUCGCGUGAACGCGUCCAUCACGCCAACGUUGGUGCCGCAGCGAGACAGACUCGGCAGUGGCGAGCAGGUGAGAUUGAACGGUAUGAGUGUGCCGGUCGUCACAGUACUGCCGUUUGAAAACAACGCGAGCACCCCGUACAAUCAUGUGGCGAUCCCUUCAACAUCGGGGAUAUCGUCCUCAUCACCGCCCUCGUCGUUGAGCAAGCCUGAGCAGGAGCAAGAGCAGCAACAGCACCUUCAGCAGCCGCAACAGCAGCAGCAGCAGCAGUCGCCGCCGCAGCCACCACAACCCAAAUUGUUUCAGCCGUACAAGAACGACACGCCAGAUGAUAAGCCGGAUCAAAACGGUAGGAUGUAAAAUAAAACAAUGAUAAGAUAUGAUCGCAUCUUAUCAUAUGCGGCUGUGGUUGUGACUAUGAUUGCUAUAAUCGGCGAUGCAGACUGCAAUCGUAUGUGUACGUAUCUGUAUCUAUAUACAUAUAUCUAUAUACACUCGCGCGCGCGCAAACACACACACACACACACACACACACAUAACACACGCUGUCCCCAAUUAUACAUCCCGUUUGUUACGUUGUAUAUUACACAGCCAUUCUUCAUGCGUUUGUUACGCACGUGAUGGAGAGAUGUACAUUUGUAUGUAUAUACACAUGUAAGAUAGUAAUUUUUUUAUUCACGAAUAUAUUUUAUGUAGGCUUUUUAAUAAUAGUUUAAAAUUUUUUAAUAAUUAAGGACAAUGGGAAUCGGAAUAAUUGGGGAAAAUGCGUGUGCUUGAUAAAAUCGUGAUAUGUUCAGCGGGUUCUGUUCUAAGAUUCACGCUGACGCGUAAGCUUCAAGAGUCUCUUAGAUCUUACUAUGCGUACAUCUCCACGAUCCGGAUUUGCACGCCUGCACAAUCAAAUUUUCACAUCGCUUCUUGAAGUAUCAUGAUUUGACGUAAUAUAUAGCGUGUACAUACAUGACAUACACCUAUUAAUUAAUCUUCUGUAAGGAUAAAUUAAUCCAUUUGAAGAUAUACAUUUAUAAAUUUAUUACAAUGAGAUGAAUGUGUGUGUUAAUGAUAGUUUGUGUAUAUGCAUGUGAGAAAAACAUGUGCCAGAUCAAAAAUUUAUUUGUAAAUAAAUGUUAUAAAAAAAAUUUCGACUUAAAAAAAAUGUAAAAGAGAUGAAAAAGAGAAAUCGCAGAAAGCAAAGUGAAAAGAGAACAAAUAAAUAUUAUGUAUAAAUAUGUAUUUUAAUAUUUAUGAUAUAAUGAGCUAUUGAGCAGAAUUUGGUUGAAAACAUUUCUUGUUCAGGUGAACAUAUGAAUAAGUUUAUAAUACAUGUUUUUAUACAUUUCUUUAUAUUUAUUUGUAAUAUACAUACACGUGCGGACGUGCGUGAAUAUAUGUAUAUGUAUGUACAAUAAAUAUAAAGAUUCUCAUUAUCCAUCUACCAAUUUCUCUUCGAAUAUAUGCUUAAUAUAUUUGUACAUAUAUCUAUAUAUAA